AAGGGUGCCGCUGGUAUGGAGUAUGGAAGCGGCGGGGGCGGAGGCGGUGGAGGCCGUGGGGGUGUCCAACCACCCUCCGCAGGUGCGAGGGGUAUGGCGAGCACAGACACUACUGAUGCUGCGUGGCAUAAACAUGAACAAAUGAUCCUUAUGGAAUCCAGGCAUAAGCAACAAUUAGGUGGGAGAGCGGGUACGGGUGGAGGCGGGGGUGGCGGUGGUGGCGCACCCCUAUACGGUCGUCUGGUAGCGGAGGAACCCUUGCCCCCUACGGUAUGUGGGGGUGCCGGUGCCGGUGGUGGUACCGGCGGGGUUCCGCAAGAAACCCCUGCGGAUAUUCACGCCAUGCAAGCCAGGAUACCCCAUAGGUUUCGUGAUCCAGCUACGGCACCCCUUAGGAAACUCAGCGUCGAUCUUAUCAAAACUUACAAGCACAUCAACGAGGUUUAUUAUGCUAAGAAAAAGAGAAGGGCGCAACAGAUGCAAGGAGAAGACGGUUCCCAUAAAAAAGAAAGAAAAUUGUACAAUGAUGGCUGGGAUGAUGAUAAUCAUGAUUAUAUUAUCAAGAAUGGGGAAAAGUUCCUCGAUCGCUAUGAGAUCGAUUCGUUAAUAGGUAAAGGCAGUUUUGGCCAAGUAGUAAAAGCGUUUGAUCAUGAAGAACAAACGCAAGUGGCAAUAAAAAUUAUCAAGAACAAAAAACCUUUUCUAAAUCAAGCGCAAAUUGAAGUGAGGCUAUUGGAAAUGAUGAACAGGGCGGAUACCGACAACAAAUAUUAUAUAGUUAAGCUAAAGAGGCAUUUUAUGUGGCGAAAUCACUUAUGUUUGGUAUUCGAACUAUUAUCAUAUAACCUAUAUGAUCUACUUAGAAAUACAAAUUUUCGAGGAGUAUCGUUGAACUUAACAAGGAAGUUUGCACAACAACUGUGUACUGCCCUUUUGUUCCUGUCUACACCGGAAUUGAACAUCAUUCACUGUGAUCUGAAACCCGAAAACAUACUUUUGUGCAAUCCCAAGCGAAGUGCGAUAAAAAUAGUGGACUUUGGUAGUUCGUGUCAACUUGGACAGAGGAUAUACCAAUAUAUUCAAUCCAGGUUUUACCGAUCACCCGAAGUCUUAUUAGGAAUACCUUACGACCUUGCGAUAGACAUGUGGAGUCUAGGAUGUAUUUUAGUUGAAAUGCAUACGGGAGAACCUCUGUUCAGUGGGGCCAAUGAGGGCGAUCAAAUGAAUAAAAUUGUAGAAGUACUAGGAAUGCCACCGAAGCAUAUAUUGGACCAAGCGCACAAAGCGCGGAAAUACUUUGACAAAGUCCCCACGGAUGGCUCGUAUGUGCUGAAAAAAUCCAAGGAUGGUAAAAAGUACAAACCUCCUGGCACAAGACGCUUACACGAUAUCUUAGGUGUCGAAAGCGGAGGCCCUGGUGGUAGAAGGAUAGGUGAACCUGGUCAUUCAGUUUCUGAUUACCUCAAAUUUAAAGACUUAAUCCUGCGGAUGCUGGAUUUCGAUCCGAAAACAAGAGUGACGCCGUAUUACGCACUUCAGCACAAUUUCUUUAAGCGAACAGCCGACGAGGGGACCAAUACGAAUAUCGCUGCUGCCAACAGUGCUAACACAAGCCCGGCAGUGGUAUCAAUGAGCCAAGAUCAUGGACUGGUAACCAUGUCAGGACAGGGAAGCAGCAACAGUGGCAAUUCGAUGCAAGUAUCAAGUCUCCUUGGUGGCUAUCAGCCGAUGGAGUGCGAGUCAUCGCCUCGUCAUCUGGGUAAUCGACGCGGGGUGACAGCAAGCUAUCCGUCAACUUCGGCCACUGGGGUGCCUGCAUCCGGGCCGAUGUCCAUGCAAUCUGUAGACAGCUCCCUGAAACAAAGCUCUCUUGGAUCGUAUAAUAGCCUAAUUCUCCCUGGUAUAUCCCAUCUGCCUGCUAUGAUGACCUCGCCGAUGAUUCAGCAGCAGAAUUUCUAUAAUUACGGUUAUCCGACGACUGACGCGCACGGAAUAGUCAGGCAACCGUCAACAGUUUCAACUGGUAAACAGAGAGAUCCGGAAAGGGAAGACAGUCCUAUGGUCGGAGUAUGCGUCCAGCAAAGUCCAGUUGUUAUUCACUGAAUAGCAAGCAGAAAUAAUAAAAGGAAAUGAAAAUGAAAGGAAACUACGACGACGGUCGAUGAUAAUUUAAACACUGUCGCCGCAAUCGCGCGGUACCGUCAGAAAAGAAAAAAAAAUAUAUUAGGUGAUUAUACAUACUGUAUAUAUGGAAAGUUCACGACGAUACCGCAAAUGUUUAUGAGAAGAGAAGAAAAAAAUGAAGGAGGGAAACAAGAACGGGCAGUCGAAAUCCUUCCCCGUUGUCUUACUUUACAUUUCGUCGUCGUCAGCUGUGAGCAGUGACACAAGUUUUAAGAACAAAAAAUGAUCGACUUUAGUAACUGAUUCCAUUCUGAAGGAAAGGUUCGAUUGAACAACGAGGGAAUGUAAAGGAACGACCACGAGGGAAGUCUCCACUUUUCCGUCAAUUCUUUCCUUUCCCUUCUUAGUUUUUUAUUUGUCUAUCAUAAGAAGCCGACUGGUCUUACAUUGGGCACGGAUACACCGCGUCCGGCACAGAAGCUUAUGAUACUUUGCUUAUGUGCACGGACAGACAAAAAAAAAAUAAAAAUGGUCUAGUGAGGAUGAACCCAGCUGGCCUCUCGGGUCCUGCCCGAUUCUGCAAACACUCCAAAAAGAAAAAAAAUGAAAAAGAAACGUUUUUAGUCGCGUGCAACGUCGUUAAACAAAUUUUGGCACCCAAAAACAAACUGUGUGGCCUAGAGAGCGAAAAAGUGAUAAUUAUUAUUAUUAUUAUUAUUAUUAUUAUGAAUUAUUAUUAUUAUUAUUAAAAUGCAUAAAACAGGAGAGGGGAUUUAAAAAAACAUGAAGUAAGAAUUACCAGUGUAAGCAUAUACUCCAAUAGAGUUUUAUACACAAUGUCACGAAUGUAAACGGUUUUUAGCAAGUAAUUGCUAGCAAACAGCCGCGUCAAAUGCUAGUUAUUUGUACAAUAUAUAUAGAUAAUUGAUAAGAGUGCAGCUUUAGGAUUUAGCUUAUAAGUGUGAAAGAAAGAAAGAAAGAAAGAAAGAAAGAGAGAAAGAAAGAAAGAAAGAAAGAAAGAAAGAGAACACUUGACAUUGUAAACUCGACUCGUUUAUUUACUUUGAUGAAUAGAAAAAAAAGAAAAAUGAAAAAAAUCGCGGGGGGGGACGUUGCAAACGUCAGUUUGUUACCGACAAAAAAAUGGACUUUAAACAAACGAGGUUUGCAUGAUUUAACAACAAUACAUAUUUAUACAGAAAAAAAACACAGUAAUAAGAAAGUUAAAGAAGCAGUAUACACGUAAGAUCGAUCAAGAAUGAUAUAAUCAUACAAAAAAAAACCUAGAUACUUUAUAAUAACGCGCGUAAACUCAUAUACAUAUGUUUCCAAUGGCAGUCGUAAUUGAUUUUUGCCGUUUCAAUUGAAAUAAUUGUAGCGUUAUUUAUAUUAUAUUAUUAUAUCGUUUUCUGGCAUUCUCUGUUUUCUCCAAUUUUAUCUACCGAUUAUUAUUGAAACAUAACUUUUCUAAAAACCAUAUGUUUUCUCAUUUCUUUCAUUUCUUCGGUUGUAAAGUAUAUACGACUCGAUACAGAAAUGUUUAAUGCCAGAAGGCGAACUAAUUAAAUAAAUUGUGUCAAUAAUGGAUAAGAUUAAUAUAAAAACGAGAUACACGACGAACAAUGUAAAAUUUCGAUACUUAUUAAUAACAUAUUACCUGCUGCAACAGAUCAGUGAUUCUUAAUACAAUAUACUUUGCAUGUUUCUGGAUUCUUUGUUGUGACGUAUACAGGUUGAUAUUUUUAAACAAAUUAUUUUACCAUAUUUUAUUGACCGUUUUGUAUUAUUUUAUAUAUAGAAACGAAACGCUACGAAAUAUAGAUUCGAAUCAUACUUGAUAAACAUAUAUAUAUUUUAUUGUACUCACUCGAAGCAUGCGACAGUAUGAUUUUUAACAAUUAAUUUUUUAAUAAUCUAUUUUUAAAAUGGCAUCGUUUCAUUUUUCUCAUGUGCUGUUGUAAUUUACAUCGAAAUGGUUCAAUUCCAAAAGAAAAACCAAUGCGAGAAUAUUAAGGAUUUUUUUCUCGAGGAAUUUAUUCCGCUCUGUUAUAAACUCGAGAAAAAAUUUCAAAUUUUCUAUUGACUGCCUUAGUUUUGUUCGCUUUAGGAAUGCAAAUGUGAACGGAAAAAAACGAUUCUUUUCCAAAUAAUAACGGAUUCGUUAGGAUUUUGCAUUUUUAAAACAUCAUCCGCAGUGCGAAAUAUUUGCAGAUAAAUUUAAACGAUUCGCCAAUACGAUAUUCGUUCGAACUCAUAUUAGACUUUCAAAUAACAAAAAACUUAUACAUAUAUAUAUAUAUAUAUAGUAUUUUUACUUUGCCCUAAUGUGUAUGACGAUCAUUGCUUAUGUUACUUUAAAGAAAGAAAGAAAGAAAGAAAAGCGUAACAAGUUUCUUUUUAUUUGAAAUGGAAUAAAUGGAGAAAUGAUAAACGUAAUGGUGUAUAUUCGAUCCGAAGUCGCAAUUAGUAACAACCAUAAAGUCACUCGAUUUCUGUAACAAAACAAACGCUUUAUUUCUUAGUUAACUUUAAUCCUGCGGAGUAAAAGAAUUUGAAGUCUGUGCUGCAGUGAUAAUUUUUAAAAAAGACAAAUUGUACAAUUAUAUGAAAAAUGUUAAUUAUGUUUUAAUAGGUAUAGGGAAACAUAUGCGAAUAGUAAGGGUAAGCGAAAACCCUGUAACAGUUAUUUUUUGUUUAAAAACAUUUAUAAGGAGACUUCUCUGCGACCUCCGCAGGGUUAAAAAGCAUUGACCUUAGAGACGUAUAAUUUUUAUUCUAAAAGAAAGAUAAAUAAAACAUUGUUUGUCAGAUUUGAUCAGGACAGUUUCGCGAUAAAUUCUGACAUUUCGAUGAUUUUGUUGAACGGCAGAAAUCAGUACGCUCUAUAAAAGUAGACAAAGUGUGUGAUUAAAGUCACACGUGCCCUCUUCCGAAUUCAGAUUAUCGUAUGUUGUGCUCAUUAGUCCUAUAAAGAACUGAAACUUCUAUUUUCAUUUCUUUUUCUUUUUUAUUUUUACUUGUAUUUUGGUACGAGAAAGUUCGCUUUUGAUAAAAAUGUAGCGUAACCGAACCAAGUAGAAAAUGAAAAAAAUCCAUUUAAAUCUUGUUUGCGCGCGAAGAUUUAAACGGUCGACUUUUGGGCACAACGCGAUUAUGUUUUCAACGCAUCAUCGAAGCACUUUUCUUAUUUGACGAUCGUUGAUUUUUUCAACAAAACAAUUAAUAUUACUUCAUUUGUACGUAUUGUAUUAUACACUUUUAGCUAAUCAUACCACAGUCGUUGCUUUUGAAAAAGGAAAUUUUCGCUCGAAAAUUGGAAAGGAUGUUUUCUUUUUUUAAACGCAACCUCGUUAUCGUAGGAAACAUCUAUCGAAGAAUAAUACUCGGAAGAGCGGCGGUCGAUUAUUUAAAAAAAGAAACAUAAAUUGGUAAUACAAGAAAAGUAUAAUAUAUCGAAUAAUGAAAAGAAAAACUUUUCGGUUAAGAAAUGAAAUUCGUAAUUAUACAGCAAUAGAUUAAUUUCGAACGCGCCGAUUGAUUUUUCAUACGAAACUUUUUUACAGAGAAUACGUUUCGAGAUAUUUUCAUAUUUUUCCAUUCACAAUAAUGUGUACACGUUUCUUCUAGUUUUUUGUAUCCCGAGGAAAUUUGUCCACUCAACAAUUGUCGCAAAAUGUAGAGUAUUUAUGCCAAUUAGCAAACAACAGAGUUGUAUACAUUUACAUAGUAUAAGAACCGAUCACGAAUUGUGUUCCAAAUAAUUUCUUUGCAUGUUUAAACUUUUUUAAUAAAGUGUGUAAAUUUAUCAACAAUUUCAUAUAAAAAGAACGAAAAUAAAAUCAUAUGUGUAUUUCUUACGAAAUGGAAAAGAAACCCUUUUCGAAUUUAAAAAAAAAAAAAAAUAAGAGAUUGAUUUCAUCGUCGUUAUUACAUUUUAAAAGAAACCUAUAAAUAGUCUUCUUCUAGUAUUUUUUUAAGCACACCGAAAAAUUUACAUCGCACUCCUAUUUUUAUUUUCAAAUUUUUAUUUCCAGUCGAAUUCUUUGGAAUACAUCGUGACCGGAUUAAAAUAACAUAAGUUUCCUAACGUCAUGUGUAAAAACAUUGUGUUCAGAAAAUAUACUAUAAUACGACUGAUGAUAUGCCUGUUACGCGAGGUGCGAGCGUCUUUCGAGGAAAGAAUGGUAAAUAAAGAAGCGUGUCAUUUCAA